AUGCUCAUUCCGCCAUCCCUAAUCUCAUUCCGCCCUUCAUACUCUCAUUCCGCCCUUCCGGCUGUCAUUCCGCCCUUCCUACUCUCGUUCCGCCCUACCUACUCUCAUUCCGCCUUUCUUCAUCUCAUUCUGCCAUUCUUCCCCUCAUUCCGCCGUUCAUACUCUCGUUCCGCCCUACUUACUGUCAUUCCGCCCUUCUUCCUCUCAUUCCAAUAUCGUAGUCCCAUUCCGCCUUUCUUCCACUCAUUCCGCCCUUCUUCCUCCCAUUCCACCCUUCUUCCUCCCAGUCCGCCCUUCUUCCUUUCAUUCCGCCCUUCUUCCACCCAUUCCGCCCUUCUUCCUCUCAUUCCGCCAUUCUUCCUCUCAUUUCGCCCUUCUUCCUCUCGUUCCGCCCUCCUUCCUCUCGUUCGCCCUUCAUGCCGCGGAUCUGCCCUAAGCAGCCGCGCGUCGCUCUCCUGUCGUCGCACGCGCCCUACCCCGCUCCGCCACGCGCCCUUCGCCGCCACUUCGCGGGCACGCGCCCUGCCCGCAGCCGUUGCGCGCGCGCGCGCGCCUUGCCCCGCCUCGUCGCAAGCGCGUGCCCUGGCUGUCGCCGUCGCGUGCGCGUGCCCUGCCCGUCGGCGUCGCGCUCGUACGCCCUCCCCACCGCCAUCGCUCUCCCUCGCCACCUUCGCCUUCUCCACCCACCCUAACCGCCUUUUCACCCUCUUCCUCCUCUCUUCUCUCCUCCCUCCCCUUCUUACCUCUCCUCCCUUCCUCCACCUCCUUUCCUUCCGCAUCUACUGCAGCUGGCUGCUGGUUGCUGGUUGCCACGAGGUGAACGUGCUCCUACCUCCUCCCCUCAAUCCGCCCCUUCACCCUCCUCCUCUCUGCUCUCCUCCCUCCCCUUCUCUCUCCUCCCUUCCUCCACCUCCUUUCCUUCCGCAUCUGCUACCGCAAGCUGCUGGUUGCUGGUUGCCACUAGAUGGGGCCUAUUCCCGCUCUUACCUCUCUUCCUCUGCGCUUCCGCCCCCACCCUUCUCCCGCCCUACCUCCUCUCCUUCCCUACUCUCCGCUCCUUUCGCUGCCCUUCCUCCCCUUGCACCUCUCCUACUUGUCGCUGGACCUCCCCUCUUCUCCACCCCUCUGCUAGGAUUCCACUGUCCCAUAAGCGUCGCCGCUCUUCUGCCGCUGUAA